AGCCCCUUUACCCAAGCUGCUCCUUAAGAGGGAGGGACAAGUAACCCUCAAAUGGCCACUUUUGUUCAGGAAUUUAUGGCGGAGAUGAGACGCCAAGCAUCUUUUGCCACGAGUAUGCCACCUCUAUCCCCAGUGGUUUCUACUCCUACGGCCCUUGCUCCUAUUUCUCCUGCUCCUAUAUCUUCUGCUCUUGUCGUGCCUAGCUGGAAGGUAGGGUCAUGGAUUACCGAGGUGGAGAGGGGAUUCUGCCUACUGAAGAUUUAUGAUGACCUUAAGGUGUUGACUCAAUGCACUCCAAGAAGGGGGGUGAAUUGGAGUUGGAGAAUUUUCACCUCUUUACAACCACCAAACAAAAAUUAAAGAGAGAGUUGAGAAGAAGAGCUUGCACAAUGAUUUUAUAGAGGUUCGGUCCAACCACUUGGAGCCUAGUCCUCUACCUUGGCUUCACUCACCAAAGAUUUCCUCCACACUCUUCACAAACAAAAACAAUAGUGGCUU